AUGCAGUUCAAGCCUCUCAUCUUCUUGGCCUCUGUACUCCCUUUUACCCAGGCUCAGGCAGACCUGACGGCCAAAGAUGUCGUCGACGCUGUCCAUAAUAUCCUUGACGUCUCCACUAGUGCUUUGGAUAUUGUUAGAAACAUUAGUUCUACAAAUAUCCUUUCGUCUGCUCAGGACAUAGCAGACGACCUCCGCCAGAUUGUCACGACUGUUGACGACGAUGUUAAAGUGCUCCAAGGCACUUCUACGCCUCCUCAAUUCUCCGACAACGAUCAAUCAGAUAUUUGCGAAGCUCUUUGUGACUUCGCCACAAUUCAAGAAGACUUCUUCAACACACUCGUCAGCAAGAAGAACUUUUUGGAUGCCACGACCUUGAUAGGGCCCAUCGGUAGCCUCCUAGGCUUACUAGAGACUGGAAUUAACACGCUCGCAGAGGGAGUCAUCGCUCUGGUGCCGACCUGUGCGGCUAAAGCGAGGGAUGAACUGAAAGACCUUGACAAAACUCUCAGUGAAGCAGUCAGUGCCUUUACGAUCCCUCUGCCAAAUACUCCUACCACCCAGGCGCUUAAUGCUACCAACAAAUCACAUAAAAGUAACAUCCAGCCGCGCCGUGCUCCGCUGCGUGGUGUCGUUGGCAGCCCGGUUGGAACUCUAGUCGUAGCUCCCUCCAAGGGCAAAUAA